GCGGAUUACGGGACGGAUUUGACGUUGCAGAGAGAAUAUAGGACACCGAGAACUAAACUCCCGCUUGAAUCAAACGACAGACAACAUCUGAACUCACGCGAACCGUCUUCAUCUGCGAGCAGCUCAAGGUUUGCAGGCAUGAGUCAGCUGAGGCCCCUGGCUGGUGCUCUGAGAAGCAGUAGCCAAUGGAUGAGGGGCCACGUGGGGACAGGGAAGCGAGUGUUUGUCCUGCGUCGUAACUGUUCGAGUGGGGCUACUGAGCCCUCAUUGGCAGCCUGCAGCUCCAGCUACGUUGUGGAGAUGUACUACGCUUGGCUGGAGGAUCACAAAAACGUUCACGAGUCUUGGGAUGCGUACUUCCGUAAUGCUGAAGCCAGCAGUUCUGCGGAGUCUGGAGAGAAGCCUCUGUCCACGCUGCUCCAGGGGCGAGCCAUGUCUCAGACACCAGCCAUGUCUGAGAAGGUUGUGGAGGAUCAUCUGGCAGUCCAUACUCUUAUUAGAGCCUAUCAGGUACGUGGUCACCAUGUAGCCCGACUGGACCCUCUUGGCAUUCUUACAGCCGAUCUGGAUUCCUUCGUACCUUCAGAUUUGAUCACAUCAAUUGACAAACUUGCAUCGUACGGCCUGGAGGAAUCUGAUCUGGAUAAAUCAUUUCAGUUGCCACUAACCACAUUUAUUGGGGGAAAUGAAAACACACUCCCACUGAGAGAAAUCAUACACAGACUUGAGACAUCCUACUGUGGUCAUACGGGAGUCGAAUUCAUGUUUAUCAAUAAUAUGGAGCAAUGCCAGUGGAUCAGACAGAAAUUCGAGACUCCAGGGAUCAUGAAGUUUUCUGCCAGAGAGAAGAGGACAUUGCUGGCCAGGCUGGUUCGCUCAACACGGUUUGAAGACUUCCUUGCUCGCAAAUGGUCUUCAGAGAAACGCUUUGGAUUAGAAGGCUGUGAGGUUCUUAUCCCUGCACUGAAGAUGAUCAUCGACAAGUCCAGUGAAGCCGGUAUAGAAAGUGUAAUUAUGGGAAUGCCUCACAGGGGAAGACUGAACGUUCUGGCCAACGUAGUUCGCAAGGAUCUGGAUCAAAUAUUCUGUCAGUUUGAUCCCAAACUGGAGGCUGCAGAUGAGGGCUCAGGAGAUGUGAAAUAUCACUUGGGGAUGUACCAUGAACGGAUAAACAGAGAAACGGAUAAGAAUAUCACAUUGUCACUGAUGGCUAACCCAUCUCACCUUGAGGCUGUAGAUCCUGUCGUUCAGGGCAAGACCAAAGCAGAGCAGUUUUACAGAGGAGACACUGAAGGAAGGAGGGUGAUGUCCAUUCUCAUGCAUGGUGAUGCUGCGUUUGCCGGUCAGGGAGUUGUCUAUGAAACCUUCCAUCUCAGUGAACUGCCUUCAUAUACUACUUAUGGCACCAUCCAUGUUGUUGUCAAUAAUCAGAUUGGAUUCACAACCGAUCCGCGAAUGGCACGGUCAUCGCCCUACCCAACAGAUGUGGCUCGCGUGGUCAACGCACCCAUCUUCCAUGUCAACGCUGAUGACCCAGAGGCUGUGAUGUAUGUGUGCAAGAUUGCAGCAGAGUGGAGAACAACUUUCAACAAGGAUGUGGUGAUUGACCUGGUGUGUUACCGUCGGUUUGGACAUAAUGAGAUGGAUGAGCCCAUGUUCACCCAACCCUUAAUGUACAAGCAAAUCCGCAAACAAGAACACGUGCUGAAAAAGUAUGCCGACAAGCUCAUCUCUGAGGGAGUUGUAACGCUGCAAGAGUUUGAGGAGGAGGUUGCUAAAUAUGACAAGAUCUGCGAGGAGGCGUACACCAGCUCCAAAGAUGAGAAGAUCCUGCACAUCCGCCACUGGCUGGACUCUCCAUGGCCAGACUUCUUCAAACCAGAUGGAGAGCCAAAAAGCAUGAGCUGCCCUUCCACUGGACUGAGCGAGGAGGUGCUCAAGCACAUUGGGGAAGUAGCAAGUUCAGUCCCUCUAAAGGACUUUGCCAUUCACAGUGGAUUAUCACGUAUCCUUCGAGGCCGAGCGGAUAUGAUUGCAAAGCGCAUGGCGGACUGGGCCCUGGCAGAGUACAUGGCAUUUGGCUCUUUGUUGAAAGACGGCAUUCACGUGAGACUCAGUGGACAAGAUGUAGAAAGAGGAACAUUUAGUCAUCGUCACCAUGUCCUGCAUGAUCAGGAAGUUGAUAAGCGCUUCUGCGUCCCCAUGAACCACUUGUGGCAGAACCAGGCUCUCUACACAGUGUGCAACAGCUCAUUGUCCGAGUAUGGGGUUUUAGGUUUUGAACUUGGUUUUGCCAUGGCGAAUCCUAAUGCCCUGGUGUGCUGGGAGGCUCAGUUUGGUGACUUUCACAACACAGCUCAGUGCAUCAUAGACCAGUUCAUCUCUGCAGGACAGGCCAAGUGGGUCCGACACAAUGGCAUUGUUUUACUCUUGCCCCAUGGGAUGGAGGGAAUGGGCCCGGAGCACUCGUCAGCACGGCCUGAACGCUUCCUGCAGAUGAGCAAAGAUGACCCCGAUCGCUAUCCGGAAUUCACUGGAGACUUUGAGGUCCAGCAGCUCUACGACUGUAAUUGGAUUGUGGUCAAUUGCUCAACACCUGCCAGCUACUUCCAUGUGCUUAGAAGGCAAAUAUUAUUACCAUUCAGGAAGCCACUGAUCAUUUUUACACCAAAGUCUUUACUGAGGCUGCCAGAGGCACGCUCCAGUUUUGAUGAAAUGAUCACAGGGACAAAAUUUAUCAGGGUAAUUCCUGAUGAAGGUCCUGCAUCCAAAAAUCCUGAAAAGGUCAAAAGGGUCAUCUUCUGCACUGGAAAAGUGUACUAUGAGCUGGCCAAAGAAAGAAAACAGCUGAAGUUGGAGGAGAAUGUUGCAAUAGUCAGACUGGAGCAGAUAUCACCAUUCCCUUUUGACCUCAUCAAAGCUGAGGUCGAGAAGUACAGCAACGCUGAACUCAUAUGGUGUCAGGAGGAGCACAAGAACAUGGGUUACUAUGAUUACAUAAGGCCACGUUUCCUCACAGUCCAACCCAAGAAUCCAAUAUGGUAUGUUGGCCGGGACCCUGCCGCAGCCCCGGCCACAGGAAACAAGUUCACACAUCUGGCUGAGCUCAAGAGGUUCUUGGACACCGCGUUUAACCUCGAGGCUUUCCAGGACAAGAGUUUUUGAUGCUACUGUGUCGGUUGUGAAAAUCAGCCCUUAAAAUAUAACAGGUACCACUGCUCUGUUGAUUAGACUUCAUCAGAUUUCCAUGUUGCCAAUGUACGUGAGAUUACAAUUACAUUGAUAAAUAGAGCACAAGACAGCAAAGAGAAUUGUAUGUACUAAUUCAGAUUUAUCUGUUCAUUUGCACCAGAAAUUCUUUAUCUGUCUUUAAGUAAUCUGUAUUUUUUAUUUUUUGUUGUCUUCCAUAACUGUCACACUUGGCUUCAUCCUGAGACAUCAGACAGAUGGCAUCUAGACAAGUAACGUUAUUCUCCGUGGUAGUCCUGAUAUUCUCUGUAGCUUGCUCAAAAUAUGCUUCUUUUUAGACUUUAGGGUUUUAGUGGCAUUUAAGACUUGUGGGAACGAGGACAUUCAUAACGUCAACAUGUCUGUGACAACUUUGAAAUGCUAGUAUACACACUGGGAAACAAUUAAAAGUAAGCUACAAAGCAAUUAAUUACACCACCAAUCUGAUAAGCACAAAUAUCUGAAGCAAUAUCUUUCAGUUUAAUCUUAAUGCCGUCAAACUGCUUUUCUAUGGAAGUUUAGCAACGGUAUGACCAAAUAUAUUAUCAGUCUGUGGUUGGCUGCUUAAACAUAGUGAAACCUUGAUAUUCACACAAGCUGGACUAAAUAGCUGUAAAGUGUAGCUUACAUGAGUAUGUGUGGUAGGUUAUUCAUGUGACACUUGCAAUAGAGAAUUUAUGUAAAAAAAAAUAAGUAGAUUUGGUUUUAGUAUGUUAUAGACACAGGGCAUUGCUCAUGGGAGAAAAAGAUCAUAAAUAUAAUUCACUGUGAUAGAUUGUGAUGAACGAUAGACGUUUCUCAGCAAUAAUGCAAUAAA